UUUUGCUUUGUUUUGGUUCAUUGCUAGUCUAGUUCAUUUACUACUCAUUCAUUCAGCUCAAAGUUUCAGAAACGGAAGGAGAUCAAGCCGAAGAAGAAGAUGGCGAGCAAGGUUUCCAAUUUCUCCGAUCUGAUCCAGCGCGUCACCGCCUCUUGCUUACUCCACCCUCUAGCCGCCGGCCGUCACGAUCCCGACGAAAUCUCCGACCACCGCACCGGAGACGAGUCCGAAGACGAUCAUCGUUACAAGACCGAAGAUGAGGAAGAAGAUGAUGAAGUUGAAGAUGGAGAGAGAGACGGAUUUAGGGUUUUGGAUGGGGCGAGAUCGGAGAGGGUGAUAGAGAUGGAGAUGAUGAUGGGGCAAGUGUUCGAUGCGGUUUCUGCGAUGAAGAGGGCGUACGUUAGCCUUCAGGAGUCGCACUGUCCUUGGGAUCCGGAUAAGAUGAGGGUGGCUGAUGUGGCGGUGGUGGCGGAGCUCAGACGGCUUGGGGUUUUGAGGGAGAGGUUUCGGAGGAGUGUUGGUAGGGAAUGUGGAGGGAGAGAGAGGAGGUUGGGGACGGCGGGGGUUACGCUGAGGGAGGUGGUGGCGCCAUAUGAGGCGGCGGUGGAGGAGCUGAAGAAGGAGGUGAAGGUCAGGGAAGCUGAGGUUCAGAACUUGACGGAAAAGCUCAAAACCGCCACCAGACUCGGCGGCGGCGGCGGCGGCGGUGGAAAGAAGGGGCGGUCUCAUCAGUCUAAGAGAAAAGUCAGCUGCAGUCAAGCUCAAGUUGCGGCGGUGCCGGUGCCGGAGAUAUUUGAAGCCACCAUGAGUUCGGUUAACGAAGCAUCGAAGUCCUUCACUUCGCUUCUCCUCUCACUCAUGCGCUCUGCCCACUGGGACAUCGGCGCCGCCGUAAGAUCCAUCGAAUCCGCCACGUCCACCACCGCUGAAUCCGCCGUCGGAGCCCACCACGCCAGGUACGCACUCGAGUCCUACGUCAACCGCAAAAUAUUCCAAGGAUUCGACCACGAGACCUUCUACAUGGACGGUAGCCUCUCCUCUCUCCUCCACCCGGACCAGUUCCGCCGCGAGUGCUUCACCCAGUACCGAGACAUGAAAGCCAUGGACCCAAUCGAGCUCCUCGGGAUCUUACCCACUUGCCACUUUGGCAAGUUCUGCUCCAAGAAAUUCCUCUCCAUCGUCCACCCCAAGAUGGAGGAAUCUCUGUUCGGAGACUUGGAGCAGCGCCGCCAGGUCCUCGCCGGAAACCACCCGAGGAGUCAGUUCUAUGGCGAGUUUUUGGGUCUGGCUAAGGCGGUGUGGUUGCUUCAUUUGUUAGCUUUUUCUCUGGAUCCGCCGCCGAGUCAUUUUGAGGCCAGUAGAGGAGCCGAGUUUCAUCUGCAGUAUAUGGAAAGUGUUGUCAGACUUUCCGGUGGGCGGGGGGUUGUGGGUCAGGUCGUUGGGUUUGCAGUGAGUCCCGGGUUCAAGCUUGUCAACGGGUCGGUCAUCAAGGCUAGGGUUUACCUUGUACCCCGGACAUGAAACAUUCGGGUCGGAUUGUUUGUUUGUUUGUUUGUUUUCUAAAUGGUGUUGUUUCGGGUCAUGUGAGUGUAUGUGUUGUAGAUGUGGGUCAUGAUGCUAUAGAGGAACUAACUAGGUUAGUAACGUCUUAUGAGUAGAGUAUUAAGCAUACAACUUAAAUAAUGCCAUUUGAUUUUUAUUUU